CACGCAUUUAUCACAACAGAAUCUAGUCAUUUUCCUUAUGGGUUUGACCCUCGCCUAGCUUUGUUGCAUUUUUUUUUUCCACUCGUUUUUUUAUAUACACUUGUUUACUCUUGGGCGGCUUUGCAGCUUUUCUCUCUCUCUCUCUCUCUCUCUCUUUCUUUCUUUCCCUUCGCCCGUAUAUACACAGUAAUAUAACCCUCUCCUUCUUCAACUGACUACACUUUUCGAAAAGGUUAUAGUGCAAACAGCCACCCCUUAAAAAACACCCUUUCACAUUCUCUUUCAUCUCUCAUCUAAAAUACUUACAUACACAUCUAAAACACACCACAUCCCAUUGGCGCCUGCACCCAACUUAUACAUUGCAUAACGCCACAUUAUGGUCGAUAUUGAAUUUAAGUUCGAAGCAUUCAGCUUCAAUGGCAUCUGCCAAACCGUUGCUUUACCGCUAUGCCCAAUGAUGGGUGAGAAUGAGGGUGUUGAGCCCGUAUGUUAUUCUCGUAAUGUCGAUUUAGGCGGCAAUCUUGUCUUUCAACCAGCAACGCUCAUUGUGGACGUUGUCGCUAUCAUUAUGACAGCUAUCAUGAUCUACCAUAUUCGAUCAAAAUAUACCGCUGUUGGUCGCAAGGAAAUUGUCAUGUUCUUCUAUAUGUAUAUGGUCACCGUGUUCCUGGAAAUGCUCUUGAUCACCGAUGUCAUUCCAUCUUCAUCCCCCGCUUAUGCAUACUUUGCUGCUAUACACGUCGGUUUAAUGUGUGCAACAUUCUGGUGUCUAUUGAUCAACGGUUUUGUCGGUUUCCAAUUUGCAGAAGAUGGCACACCCUUGUCGUUAUGGUCGAUUCGUAUCAGCUCGUUCCUGAUCUUCAUCAUCGUCGGCGUCAUUGCAAUUUUGACCUUUUUGAACAUUGGCCCCUUCUCCUACAAUAGCCCUGGCGCGCUCUGGGCCUUUUACUUUAUUAUUAACGGCAUUGCGUUCAUCGUAUAUGUUAUCUCGCAAAUCAUUCUGGUCGUCAACACUCUGGAUGAUCGCUGGCCAUUGGGCGACAUCUUGUUCGGCACCGCGUUUUUCAUUGUCGGACAGGUCCUCAUGUUUAUCUUUUCCGUCACGAUCUGUGACCAAGUCAAGCAUUACGUCGACGGUUUGUUCUUUGGCACGAUCUGCUCACUGCUGGCAGUCAUGAUGGUAUACAAGUAUUGGGACUCGAUCACCAAGGAAGAUCUCGAAUUCUCGGUUGGAUCCAAGCAGAACGUAUGGGAAGUGAAGGAGUUGAUGGGCGAGGAUGAAUUGUCCCAACAGAGCUAUGGAAACAACAACAACAACAACAACAACAACAACAAUGCUCAGUAUCCCGUUCAGCAGCCGCACUAUCAACCACAACAACAACAGCCCCCAAUGCCCCCUCCCAUGGGCGGCCAGCAACAGUAUGGCCAACAAUACCAUCACCAGUACGAACAUUCUCCGUAUUGAUUCCCUUCAUAAUACUGUUAUAUAACUAUUUUCUUUUCUGUAUUGGACAUGCAUCUACUUCUUUUCCACCCCUCUUCUUCCCUUAUCCCAUCUUUCACACUCUCCAUCUGUUCAUCUUUCUCUCCACCUCCUUUUCUCUUUGUCAAAGUUUUUCUUUCUAAAAAGUGAAUUCAUCAAUGAUACAGCAUUCUUUGUUCAAGUGGAUUAUAUUGCGUGGGUGCUAUAUUGUGGGUAAGAGGGGGCACUAAUAAAAGAGGGGAUUGCAGCAUCACUUUAAAGUCUUGAAAUAUAUUCG